AUGGAAGUAGAAGCCAUUGAACCUGACACGCCCGAGAUGAGAGACUCGCUCCAGUCAAUGAAGGAUCGUGGGGUCAAGUAUCUCUACGGUUGUUGGUUGAUUGAAGGCGGUCCCAAAGUCUUGCUCUUUGAAACCGGCUCCAUGAUGUCUCGCUUGGACAAAUGGAAGACCGACUUGUGGAACCUGGCCGGGAUCCCGGCACCCCCAAACGAUAGCAAAACUAACGAUACGAUUGUCUUUGGCUACUUGGUGGCCUGGUUUUUGGGCGCACACCAAGGCAAAGGAGCUGGUAUGUUCCCUCAGCCUGUCUUCAACAAGCCCAUUCAUGCACUGAACUCAUCUCCACCACCUCAGCCCGCCUCUUGGGAUGCCUACGCCAAUCUGCAAUCGCCCUUUGCCCGUUUUGCACCCAGAACGACGACCUGGUCGCACGCUCAGCCAUCAGACCAGGGACCAGGCUCACUGAAAGAAGGUUUGAACCUACAUGCACGUGCAUCGGCCCCUCCCAAGCUCAAAAGCCAGCUCUGCCUGUGCCGACAACGGCUAGACCGACGAGCCCCCCUCCUCCACAAGAUCCCCGGCCAACCCCUCACCGCAACCACAACAGCCUAG